ACUGCAUCGUCCCUAGGGUUCAGUUAUAGACGGCGAAGGCAAGUCCUGUGUCCUCUUCGAAUCAAACCCUAGUUCCCUCUUCAUCUACCGUUUUUUUCUCUCGGCUCGGCGACGAUGGCAGACGCAUACUGGAGGUACAGCGAAGCCCUGCAACAGGCAGCCGCGGCGGCGUCCAUGGUCGCUCCUGCCGCCGCUUUGAAGCGCCCUCGCACGGAGUACGCUGAUAUUCCUGGUGGACCUGAAAUGCUUGGCUAUUACCCUCGGGAAGAUGACAGGGGAACCCAUCACACAAUCAGAGACACUGAGUCUAUUGGUGCAUCAUAUGACCGUUACUUGCGCAAUGGGGUAUCUGCAUAUCCUGGCGGUGAACCUGUUAGGGCCAGUGGAGGCAUUGGUGGUCUUCCUGUUGAUGAUAGGCGAAUACUAGGUGUUGGGGGCUUGGAUAGUCGGAGUGUAGGAUAUGUUGGACGUCCUGAACCUCCACUUCCUCCCGAUGCUUCCAAUACUUUGUUCGUGGAGGGUGUCCCUGCGAACUGUACACGCAGGGAGGUGUCUCAUAUUUUCCGUCCUUUUGUGGGUUUUCGUGAAGUGAGGCUUGUUAACAAGGAUUCUAGACAUCCUGAUGGAGAUCCACUUAUCCUUUGCUUUGUUGAUUUUACUACUCCAGCCCAAGCUGCAGUUGCAUUGGAAGCCUUGCAAGGUUAUAAAUUCGACGAAAAUGAUCGCGAUUCAGCCAACUUGAGGCUGCAGUUUGCUCGCUUUACUGGUCCCAGGCUUGGUGGGCCUCGUGGUAGGCGUUAAACGUGGGGUUUUCGUUUCCAAGCGAUGCACAGAUCAAUGCUUUACCUUCUCUGUAAGUGUUGUGCUCGACAAAAGCGUUGCUCAGCUGAACAGGGACAUAGCUGUGAGAUCGCAUUCUUGUAGGUUCUGUUGAUUUGGGAGGCUCGCUUGCUUGAUGCAUAUUAGAUUAUCUAUAUCUGGUUUCUGCCCCUUAGAACUAGCUAUAACAUACUUACCUGUGAACCUUUGCUGUAUUUCUUUUGUUUUGCUGACCGCCAAAGUUUGUUUGCUACAUGAGCACUUCUUGAAGUGAUGACUAGGCACGGUGUACCCCGUAGAAUCCUUUUGAUUGUUACUAUAUGACGAGUUCUUGCUUUUUUGUCUUCUGAAUUGGUGACAUUGCGUUAAUUGUACUGGGCUAAGUUAACACCCCUGUUUUAUGUUC